CGGUUCAAACCGGAAAUAAAAGAGAGUUGGUUAGGGCAGUUUAGAAAGAGUGUUUGUGUAUAAAGCACGAUAAGCCCCAGCUAGCGGUUUAGGGCGCAAAAGAAGAAACGAAGCCGUAGAAGAGGGCUCCUCCUUGUCCGAGCAAACUUAUCUCUAUUUUCCUUUCAAGAAAGAUGGAUCGGUACCAGAGAGUGGAGAAGCCGAGAGCAGAUACACCAAUUGACGAGAACGAGAUUCGAAUUACUAGUCAAGGAAGGAUGCGUAGCUAUAUCUCUUAUGCCAUGAGUCUGCUUCAAGAAAAGGGCUCAAAUGAAAUUGUAUUCAAGGCGAUGGGAAGAGCCAUCAACAAGACCGUGACCAUCGUGGAGUUAAUUAAGAGAAGAAUUGUUGGUCUCCAUCAAAUCACGUUGAUUGGAUCCACGGACAUAACAGAUACAUGGGAACCUCUUGAGGAAGGCCUCCUUCCAUUGGAAACCACAAGGCAUGUUUCAAUGAUCACAAUAACCCUUUCCAUGAAAGAACUGAAUACAUCUUCUGUUGGGUAUCAGCUCCCAUUACUUGCCGAGCAGGUGAAGGCAUUCACAGAUUUUGAGUAUGAAGGAGAUGGUUCACCUAGCGGCCGUGGUAGGGGACGGGGUGGUAGAGGAAGGGCAAGGAGUAGAGGGAAUGGAUUUGUGUUUGCUGAGCAUGAGGAUGGGGGUUGGGAUCGCAACCGGGGCUUUCCCAGGGGCAGGGGUCGAGGCAGAGGGCGUGGAUUCCGUGGCCGUGGAAGGGGAGGAUUUAAUGCACCUCAUGGUGAUACACAACAAGAUGGCGGUUAUAAUUAUGACGCUCCUCCACAAGGCCGUGGAGUCUCACCAUGGAUUUGUGCCAGCACCAAUUCAAAAUGCCUUUUUGUCUUUCAUGGUGCACUAACUUGUUGCGUAUUGAUUGCAGGUCGUGGCCGUGGGAGGGGGAAUCGUGGGAGGGGCCGAGGAUUUAGAUCUAAUGGGCCGAUCCCUGCAGCCGCGUAAGAUGCUCAUUUUUGGCUUUGUUUAGAAUCGAGUGCAGAUGUUAGUGUUUGUUGCCUUCUUUAUCAUCUUUUUAUCCCUUUUCAUUUUGGUUUUUUUAUUGUACCCAAGUUGUAGUAGUAGUAGUUUUAACUUUAGGACGUUCAUGUGUAACCACCAUAGAUUAAUCCUUUUAGUUUGAAACCACUGCGCCUCUUGGGGCUAUUAUUUUUUUGUGGUGGCUGUAGUUUGGGGUGCUUGAUCAGUUGUAAUCUUCUUAAUUUCUACCUAGCAGUGUUCUUUAA